UCCCCAGUUUGCCAUAGAGCACAUCUUAGUGACCAUUCAGACAAUCAAGAGGCAGACAACCAUGUCAGAGAAUAUUUAUGAAGAUGAAGAGUCUUUCAACACCACAAGACCCACUAACAAGGCUGGAACCAUUUGUAUGAAUGAAGUUCCUAAAGGAUCACAGCAGAGGACUGAACAUGAGAAAACCCCAGAUAGCUCUGCAGGACAUUACCGUUACUACAAACUGGCUGUGGUGGUGGUGUGUGCUCUCAUCUUGGCUAUUACCAUCGCACUUUGCGUCACAAUUCUGAGAGCAAAAGAUUUACAGCUCAGGUACCAGAACCUUGCUGAAGAGAAAGACCAGCUGCAGCUCAAAUACAACAACAUGACAGUAAAGAAAGCACAGUUGGAUGACAGAAAUGCCAUUCUAAUCCAUCAUGAAUCCCAGCUAGAGACCAACUUCAGUGCCGUGACAGCUGAGAGAGAUCAACUACAGAAGCGUCUUGGUGGAAAAGAACGCAAAAGAAAAGAUCUACAGAGCAGGUACGACAACCUUGAUGAAGAGAUCUAUCAACUACAGCUUCAGUACAACAUCAUCACAGCAGAGAAAGCCCAGUUGGGGACCAAGUUCAGUGCUGAGAGAUAUGAGCUACAGAGGCGUCUUGGUGAACUAGAACCAUCAAAAGUCCUGCAGUGCCACUCAGUGGACAAGCUGACUCACUGCAACGGGGUUACAUGGGAACAGCACGACACUAAGACCACAUCACAUGAUGAUCCAGUAGCUGUAGUGGAGUAUCUCAUAGAAUAUGAACAGCUAUCAGGACAAGUGGAUGUGAUCCUGGAUCCUGAUACAGCCCAGCCCAGUCUCAUCCUGUCUGCUGAUGGGAAACAAGUGACGCAUGGAUACGUGCGACAGAGUCUCCCAGACACUCCAAAGAGGUUUAAUCCGGUUGUCAUUGUGUUGGGAAGAGAGGGCUUCUCCUCUGGCAAAUUCUACUAUGAGGUUCAGGUUAAGGGUAAGACUGGGUGGACUAUAGGAGUGGCCAAGGAGUCUGUUAACAGGAAGGAAUAUAAAAUAUAUACACCUGAAAAUGGAUACUGGGGCAUAUGGCUGAGAGAUGGGACCUAUUAUAAGGCUCUAGAUAGUCCCCGUCUUACCCUCUCCCUGAAGGGGAAACCCCAAAGUGUGGGAGUGUCUGUGGACUAUGACGCAGGUCUGGUCUCCUUUUAUGAUGCAGAUUGCGGGGAUCAUAUCUACUCAUUUACCAAUGUCUCCUUUACUGAGAAAAUCUAUCCAUUCUUCAGCCCAUAUCUUAAUGUGGGAGGUGAAAAUUCAGAACCUCUUGUAAUCUCCCCAGUCCAUAUCUGCCCUAAUAAGUAA